AUGAAACGCUUCUGUGCCCUCUCGGUGUUGUGUUUGGUGGUGUUGGCCAGUGCUACAGAGAAUGGCGGCGAAACGGCUGACUGGAUGGGCCGGAUCAUCGGUGGGCAGGAUGCAGUAACGGGCCAGUUCCCGUACCAGGUGUCACUGCGAACGGCGUUCGAUUUUCAUUUCUGCGGUGGAGCGAUCAUCGGUGAUCGUUGGCUUUUAACCGCGGCCCACUGUGUCAUCGGUCGGGAACCGAGCGAGAUUGUGGCCGUUCUUGGAUCGCUUUCGAAACAACGCGGUGGUUCGUACUACGAACUCAAAGACAUCAUUGUGCAUCCAAACUACAACGGAUGGAAUCAGGACAAUGAUAUCGCCAUUCUGUGGCUGCAAAAAUCGAUCCGAUUCAGUACCACCGUCUUCCCGGUGAAAAUGGCACGCAACUAUGCAUCGGGAAAUAUGGCGGUGCUCGCUUCCGGUUGGGGUCUCACCUCGGUCAGCACAGCGGCACAGCCGGAUGUGCUGCAGUACGUUGCGCUGCGUACGAUCGACAACGGGGAGUGUAUGCGUCGGUUCACAAAUCUCGAGAAUCGUUCCGUGACGCCAACCAACCUGUGCACGUACAGUCGUACCAGCCAAGGAACUUGCAUGGGAGACUCCGGUGGUCCACUGGUGAACAACGGUGAGCUGGUAGGUUUGGUAUCCUGGGGCAUCCCAUGUGCCGCUGGUUAUCCCGAUGUCUACGUACGCGUCGCUUCAUACCGUUCCUGGGUCACUGCCAUCACGAGUGUACACUAA